AUGUGGCUAUCACAGGUGAAACAGCCCAGAGGAGCCAAACUACCUAUGAACCACGUUGCAUCCACGCUCGAUCUCCGGAUUAUAUGUAUGACUGCUGAGGCUAUUGCCUGGGGGGCCAUAUAUCACGCUUGGGGCAAGCAAAAAUCCAAGCUCAGGGCCGGACCUUUCUCAUAUAUACCCGUGCAUGACCGAACAGCUGCUACAGAAGCAUGGCUAGGCACUGAAUAUACUUCAGGACUGUCAUCGUCCCAAAAUGCCGCAAUAGGAAUUGUGAAUGUAUACCACUUCUUCAAUCUUUCUGGCCCACUAGGCGUCGAAGGAGUGCGCAAAACUCUGUGCACUGCCUCCUUGUUAUCUGUCACAAUUGAAGCUGAUUACCGAGGAGCCAAAGAUGGGACAGAGUUUGGGGACGACGACGUUUACUGUCUUGCUGCCGACCUGGGCAAUCAAGUCCUCUCGGAUCCCAUGUUCGAGCCCCUAAUCGAUGAUAUUACCCUGACAUCUAGCGUUAUAUAUCACCGCGAUCGUGACUGGAACGGAGCGGUGGAAGGCCAUGAGAUGGUUCCGCACCCUCUUCACGUCGCCGACUUACGUUGGGUCGACGGCGCUGGCUGUUCGCUCUACCGUGCUACCGUUAACUUUGCCCCCGCAGGGGCAUUCAAGCAAGCCAUGUUAGCUCCUACCCAAUGUCACCACAUGCGCUUGAUCAUGGAUCAGGUUUUCAAGUACAACGAAAUAACGGACAUACAUUCCGAUAUAUGGCUGGAUCGACCCUUGAAUGAACUUAUAACCGCCUACAUGUUCGGUGGUGAAGCUGGAAUCAAGGAUUACGCCUAUCUUUGCGCAAACAUCCUCGACACUAUCGCGGGAUGCCAUCGGUGUGCUAGUCUGACAAAGGAACUUGCUCAGCUUAAUGCUAUGUCGGCCCUGGCCUAUGUAGCAAUUCCGAGAUAUGCCCUUUUGGCUGAAGUAAAGCUCCACGAGGUUCCAGGCGUGUGCUGGCUCCCUCCCACCCCUGACCUGGGUGACAGAAUUGGAGCGAGACCAGUCCUACAUAAUGACUCCUGGCAAUUACCUACAUACAAUCCCGGGGAUGUUUCGACAGAGUCAGUUGCCCGUGCUUUUGUUCUCCGUGUCUAUGGGCGAACAGACAUAAGUGAGAUCAAUGAUGCUCUCUGUAGCUGCAUCAGGCAGGACUUUCCUAAUGUCACACUUCCCGUCAUUCUCUCGCUCCACCGAGUAGUAUCGCGGAAUUGGAGACUGGAAGGCACAGAACAACUCACUACACAGCUUUGGAAAGGGCUUACCAGCGAGGCUUGGGACCACAGCAUAGCGGCCAACUUCUACAACAAGCUGUGCGUUUGUUUAAGCUCGGCACAAACGGAUGCAAUGCGCCAAGAUGUUAGCGAAUUUGUAGGCCUACUAGGCUUUGUCAUUGAGCGUACCACAGUCAAUCCUUACAUCCGAACACAAGCCUUCGCCUCAUAA